CACUGUUCACCCAGACUGCUGCCACAUUGAUUACUGGUUACAGCUGAUGUUUUCAGAGCUUUUUAAACAACCAGGAAAAGGUGUGUUUAGUAGCCGCUGAAAUACAGCUGCACUGAAUUCAAAGCCUUUUGGAUGUUUUUGUGUUUUCUUGUGAUUAUUCUGAUGGGCGACAGCAUAGGAGCCAUAUGGAGUAAAAGACAUCGCCAGCACAGGUCUACACCCAUUCGUGGAUAUGACCAUCUGAAAUCUUCAGAAAAUCCAUUGUAUAGGACCAUACAAAAUUACCAUUAAACAGUACAGAGUACAAGGAUGACACAGAAGACGGUUGACAGAAUCCCAAACACACAAGCUGCAUCCUUGUUCAACUUCUCCCUCACAUGAAAAUCCCUUCAUCCUUCACAAUGUCAUCCAGAGGUGGAAUUUCUCCCAACAUUAGUGUAUCUGUACUCCAGGACUUACUCAGUUCCCCCUUGCCCUCACCCUCCACUACCCCUCCAUCUCCAUCUUGCAGCAUAGAUGAGUCCUACAAGUACAUCUUUCUCCCCAUCUGUUACUCUUUUACGUUCCUCUUCAGCAUUUCCCUUAACUCUGUCGUCCUCUACCGUUCCUUCCGCCGGACCAAGCGCUGGAAUGCUUCACUGAUCUACAUGGUCAACCUGGCCUCUACAGACUUCAUGUACGGCCUGUCACUGCCAUUCCUUGUGGCUAGUUAUAUCAUGCGUGACCGCUGGAUCUUCGGGGACUUCAUGUGCCGCCUGGUCCGUUUUCUCUUUUACUUUAACCUCUACUGCUCCAUCUUCUUCCUCACUUGUAUCUCUGUCCACAGGUACCUCGGUAUCUGCCACCCAAUGAAAGUCAUCACACUAGAGACCAAGAAGGCUGUCAAGUGCACUUGUGUCCUGGUUUGGAUUGUAGUGUUUGCUUUGACCUGCCCUAUCUUCCGUUUUGCUCAGACUGGUCAUGUGACAAGAUUGGGAGUGCUCGGUGGCAAUGCAAGCAGUAUUGACAACCGUAGCCAUGAGGUAUCAUUGAUAAAUGGUAAUGCCAGCUAUGGUAACAUGGGAGGGGUUAUUGAGGAGUACCAGAAUUGUUGGGAUGAUGCAAUUGAUAAGGAAUUUCCAGAUUAUGUACCCUAUGGCAUCAUACUCCAUUUGCUGGGCUUUUUUGUCCCUUUUUCCAUAAUUGCUUGGUGUUACUCUCACGUUGUCCUGACCAUAUUUAGAACUCUGCAUUCUCAGCCCUCAUCCUGCAGAGGUCGGAGAGAUGAAGGACAUGAGGAAAUAGAGAGAAGAGAGAGAAGCAGCCCUGCAAUAGUUGCAAGAGGAAGAAGAGGAAGUAAUGGACUGCCAAGGGCACUGGGAAGAAAUGAAGGGAUUUCCAUUUUCCUUGGUGCCCAUUCCCCUUAUGCCAAUCGCAGACGUAAAUCUAUCAAGACCAUCAUCACCAUCACCCUUCUCUUUGCUCUGUGUUUUUUCCCUUUUCAUGUUACUCGAACCAUCUUUCUCCUGCUAAAGGUCACCAAGGGAGUCCCCUGUCACACUAUGACCAUGGUCUCCAUGUGCUAUAAGAUCACAAGGCCUUUAGCAUCGUUCAACGCAUGGCUCAACGCUCUCCUUUACUUCCUGACUAAAGACAAGGGGGGAGCUCACUGCUGCCAGGCGGUAAACACCACCACCCAACAACAUGCUGGGCUUCUAUUGCCACUAAGGAUGAUGGGAAAAGGAGAAGAUGCAGAGGAGGGAGGGCUGGAUGACAGAAAUGACAAUAAUGAGAAUAAAGCAUUUCACAGUCUCUCAUACAUGAGCAGAGCAAAAGUCAGAUAUAUAGUUGAAUGAAUGGUUUCAUGAGGAAUGAAAGAAGAAUUUUAGAUGCACUGUAGGUUGACCUUUACUGGAAAACAAAGUAUAUGAAAUAUAAUAUAAGUACUAUAGCAAAAGCAAUGAUUAAAGAAGACCCACCAAGAAUCCUAAUAUGCCUUAUAUUUCUAAUUGUACGUGCCUGAUUGUUGGUCUGCAACAAGUCAUAUUUAGAAAGUAAACCAGUGGGUAAAUGCAACAUGUAUGCAAAUGCGACGCCUCAUUAUGGUGAUAAUGUGUUGUUUUGUUUUACAGGGUGUAUGUUUAUAAUGUGUUGCAGAUGAAGUGUGCUGUAACGGGAACAUUGAUUUUCUUAUAAGUUGUUUUUACAACUGCCCUCCAAACCACAUGUAAAGGUAAACGUGUUUCUGCUGGUUCCAAAUGGCUACAGUUGAAAAUGCUGUUCUUAUAGAAAGGGACAAGGAGCAAUCGUCAGUCAAAUAGGAAUAUUGGCACAUGCCGUCAGACAAUCUCUCUAUGAAGGCAUUCGUGGUGUGAAAAAAUGAGGGCU